GAUGGGUCGGACGCGACUUCACGACUAACAACAACGUUCGGAUGGUCUGAUCACAUCAUGCCAGUUCCGGCCUGCUUGCGCUGGCUGCCUAAUUCAAGGUGUUGCUUUUGACCUGUAAAGGCCUACACUGUUUGGACCACAAUACUUGAUGGAGUGCCUCUCCUGACCUUCAUCUACCCAAACGCCACCUUCAAGGUCUGGUGGCUUUCCCUGAUUGGUACCUCUGAAGGAGGCUCAGGAAAGGGGCCUUUUCAGUGGUGGCCCCCUCCCAUUAUAGACCGAGGUCCCCACUGAGGUCUGCCUGGCAUCAACUUUACUAUCUUUUCACCAUCAGGUGGUUCUCCGCUUGGUGUAUUGGAAUGCACUGCCGCAGGAUUUUCUGAUGGCCACCAGUCUGAGAAUGCUUUAGAAGGGGCUUGGGCAGAUUCAUGGAGGAUAUCCGGAUCCGGUAUCCAGAUGCAGAAGCAGGUUUGGGAGUGCAAGCAGCCUUCCUACGUGAUCGGUGCUUCUGUGGCAGAGAAGCGGGGAGAUGCCAACAGAAUACAGUAUGCAUACUAUCAUGGGCAAGGCCCUUGUUAAUAUAGGUUCCUCAUAAGAAAAAAGUGAGAUAUAACUCUAAUAAAUACAUAAAUCAUAGACUAAAAGGAGACGUUAUAGAGAAGAGCUUGAAUUUGCUUCACCCCAAUUUCUGUUGUCCUUGGGUAAGGAAAGAAAUUGGGAGGCCAAGCUGGAGGAGAGAGCUAAGAUGGGCAAGCCAAGCGCAUGUGCCAGUAUAGAGGAAAGAGGCCGUGAUGUCAUUGAGAUGGGGAGCUGCAGGCACAUCUGGGAGACACCAGAGCAGAAGAUCCUGAGACUGCAAACGGGCUAUGGGGCCACCGAGUGCCAACGUUUCAGAGAGUUCCACUACCAGGAGGCUGAUGGGCCCCGAGAAGUUUGCAGCCGGCUCCACGGCCUUUGCCAUCAGUGGUUGAAGCCGGAAAAGCACACGAAGGCGCAGAUGCUGGAUCUGGUGAUCCUGGAGCAGUUCCUGGCUAUCCUUCCUCUGGAGAUGGAGAGCUGGGUCAGGGAAUGCAGGCCGGAGACCUGUUCCCAGGCAGUGGCCCUGGCAGAAGGAUUCCUCCUGAGCCAGUUGGAGGAGGGGAAGCAGGAAGAAGAGCAGGUGAAGGGGAUUCUAUCCAAUGGAGCCAUCCAGUUCCCUGUGGCAGAAAAGCACACGCGGAGGCCCUUGGUGAAUGGGAUUUUGCAGGAAAAUGAUGGAGAGGCCACCUUGCCAGGUGCUGGGAAGUCCCUGGUGAUCCCGAUUCAGUCUUCUCCAGGAGUAGAAAUGGAGCAGGAUCCGGUGACUUUUGCAGACGUGACGGUGCAUUUCUCAGAGGAAGAGUGGUCCCUGCUGGAUGCAGGCCAGAGGGCUCUGCACAGGGAGGUCAUGGAGGAGAAUUAUGGGACCCUCGCCUCUUUGGAAGGACUGCUUCCUCUGAGUUCUGACCUCAUCUCCUGGCUCAAGGAAGAGCAAGAUCCGUUGGCCGAGGGCUACGAGGAGGAAGAGAGCGCAGCAGGUGAUACAAGAGAGAAUAAGAAAGAGGGUGAUCAGCCCAGGUGGAAAAGUGACUCAAACCAGAAAUGGCAGAAGAAAUCUGUUGCCUCUGUCCCUGAAUUCCCAGUGCUAGAAGACUUUUAUCUAGGAAACGACAGGGCGAAAAUGACUCAGUGUGCAAAACUCUUCACUGGGAUGAAAAGCCCUGGCACUGGUCCGGGUGCUCAUUCCGGGGAGAUGUAUCCGGGCUCUCCGUGCACAAAGGGUUUCAUAGGAAGCGCAAACCGUGUGAGCAGUUACAAAGUUCACCCAGUGGAGAAGCGCUAUACUUGCUCAGAAUGUGGGAAGUGCUUCAGGAGGAGCUCACAUCUUUUCUCACAUCAGAGAACCCACACGGGUGAGAAGCCUUAUAUUUGCUCCCGGUGUGGGUUGUGCUUCAGUGACAGCUCCAGCCUUGGAAGACAUUUCAGGAACCACACGGGCGAUAAACCUUACCGAUGCUCCGAGUGCGGGAAGAGCUUCAAUGAGACCACAAGCCUCAUGAAGCAUCACCGAAUUCACACGGGAGAGAAACCAUAUACAUGCUUGGACUGUGGAAAAAGCUUCAGUGAGAGCACAAAUCUUACAACACAUCAGAGAAUUCACACCGGGGAGAAACCAUAUUCUUGCUCAGAGUGUGGAAAGAGCUUCAUCCAGCGCACACACCUGAGCUCACAUCAAAGAAUCCACACUGGUGAGAAGCCAUAUACAUGCACAGAGUGUGGAAAAUGCUUCAGUGAGAGCUCCAGCCUUGGAAGACAUUUCCGAAUCCACACAGGGGAUAAACCUUACCGAUGCUCUGAGUGUGGGAAGAGCUUUAACGAGAGCACGAGUCUUAGGAAGCAUCACCGAAUCCACACAGGGGAGAAGCCAUAUACAUGCUUGGAUUGUGGAAAGAGCUUCAGCCAGAGUUCGAGCCUUACUUCACACCGAAGAAUCCACACUGGGGAGAAACCUUAUAUAUGCGCAGAAUGUGGGAAAAGCUUCCGAGAGAGCACAAACCUUAUGAAGCAUCACCGGAUCCACACUGGAGAAAAACCUUAUACUUGCUUGGAGUGUGGAAAGAGUUUCACGAGGAGUUCACAGCUGUGCUCACAUGAAACAGUUCAUACAGGAGAAAAGCAGUAUAAAUGCUCAGUGUGCGGGAAAAGUUUCAGUGACAGCACAAGCCUCAUGAAGCAUCAAAGAAUCCACACUGGGGAAAAACCGUAUACAUGUGCCGAAUGUGGAAAGAGCUUCACCGAGAGUACAAAUCUCACAAAGCACCAGAGAAUCCACACAGGGGAGAAGCCAUAUAAAUGCUCUGAGUGUGGAAAGAGCUUCAUCCAGCUGACACACCUGAGCUCCCAUCAAAGAACACACACAGGUGAGAGGCCAUUUACCUGCUCAGUGUGUGGCAUGAACUUUGGAACAAACUCUGGCCUAACUUCCCAUCAAAGGGGUCACACAGUGGAGGAGUCACACACGUGAUCACAGUACUAGGUGGGAACGAGCUAUUUCCUACCCCCACACAGCAUCACUGAAUAAAAUGUUUCCUGGGAUGAUGGCACCCCAGGGCUCAUGAAACGCACUGGAGGGGAGGUGUCCCUGGGUUUAGUCCCAAAUGGAUUCAGUGCAAGAGCGGAGAGCUGCUGGGACUGGUUGAGAGCAGUGGAGUGACUGGUUCCAUUUUCAUGUAUGCAGGAGAGUGCCAAGGAAGUUGAAUGCUCACUCGUUUCACGUUCGAACUCAAAGGGGAAAGAAAGCCAUAAGCUUGCAGGGGGAAUAUGCGCAGCACUCCAUUCUGCUGUGAUGCUGUAGCAAUCUCCUCUUAAGAACACAUGGGCAUUUGUAAUUGUUUUCUUUUGGCUUGUUUCAGCUAAAUAGGUAAAAAGUAAGGUAAAGGUUUCCCCUUGGCAUCAAGUCCAGUCGUGUCCAAGUCUAAGGGGUGGUGCUCAUCUCCGUUUCUUAUCCGAGGGAGCCAGAGUUCAUCUGUUCAUCUGCAGUUUCUGUGGUCAUGUGGCCCUCAAGACUCAACACUGAAGCUCAUGGAACGCUGUUAUCUUCCCCCCAAAGUGUUACCUAUUUAUCUACUUGCAUUUGCAUGCUUUUGAACUGCUAGGUUGGCAGAAGCUGGGACUAAGUGAUGGUAGCUCACCCGGUUGUGUAGAUUCGAACUGCCAACCUUUGGAAUGACAAGCCCCCUGUGCCACUCAUGCCCCUUCCAAUAAAUAGCUCUGCUUUUCUCAUUCUUCUGGCCUGAUAAGUUCCAGCCAGCCUUCUGCCCUCCACAGGUCUUGGACUGCAACCCCCAGCAGUCUGGGAAGUGCUGUUCCAGCCGUUGAGCAAAGAUGCUUUCAAGUGUAUUUCUGAUGAGUGGAGGAGAGGGGAUGUUACUCUGGGGUCCUUCCCUCAGAACUUGCUGACCCUUCCCCAGACAAGUCCUGCCUAGCAGCCAGGUAUUCAGGUCUCUGCUCUCUUAUUAUUUUAGCAAUCCUCCUUUUAUUUAUUUUUUCUCCCAUUCACUGAUGAAUAAGAAAUUUUUGGAUCAAGUGGGCAGAAUCUUAAAGCGCAUACUCUAAAUGCAGCAUAUUCCUUGGUGGUGUGUGUUGAAAAUAAAAGGACUGUAACGGAACAAUGCUGAGAAGGGCUUGGCUGGCGUCCUGGAUGGAGAACUGUUAUGCACUGGCACCCUUUGGUUGUAGGUUGCACUUACACGAGUAGAAAGACCCUAAAACUUUAAAAUGGAAAUGUUCUGACAGCGCUAUCUAACCAAGUGUCUUCCAAUGAAGAGAGGGCUUGCUAAAUCUUUAGUAUGUGCACUGACUAAUGAUUAAUGCUGCUGGAUGUGUUUCAGCCUUGUGGUCUUUGUCCCAAUUAGUGCAUUCAUUGCUCCAGAGUGCAAUGGGAGAAUUAAGGCUUAUGUAGUUCAAAAGUCAUGUGCGUCAAAAGGAGGAGAACCUGCCUGGGGGAACUGGUCCCCUUUGUGAGCAACAUUCCUAGAAAACAAAGUUCUGACAACCAUGAAUUCAAGCAGCACUAAUUUAUUAAAAGAAUCGCUUUUGCAAAAGCAGGUGCACCCAACAGGUAGGCACACACAAUCAGCUUGAAUCACUCCAUUUUAUCCCUGUAUCUGGCUGCAUAUUUCCCUCCCCUGAGACCCCAUUGGAUAGGGUCCAUUGGGGUUACAGCCUAUCCCGUCUGCGUGAUCACGUGAAGUACCGCCCCUGUUCACAUCUCCCACUACCACAUGUUCAAAGACCCUCGUCCACUAUUUGUUCUCUACCUUAUAUGGUUUUAGAUGCUCUUUUUAUUGUCCAAAUGCCUUUCAUCAUCCAUUCCAGGCAGGUCAUCACUCCCUCCAAGUUCCCAUUUAAUCCUUUUGUCAGCAUAAGUAGUUCACUUAUCUUUCCUGUCAGCACAAUAACUUCCCCCACUAAAGCCGGACUCCAUGUGCCCUGCAAAUUAUUUGCUUCCUUGAUUUUUAACAAUGCUUGCUGUUAACUUUGAUCAUUUCUAUGAUUCACUUGGUUUGUUUAAAAUUUAUUGCAAAAGCAGCAUUUUAUUCUUAUUUGUUGCACCUUUCACAAGUAGUAAGUCUCAGGUCUGAAUCCAGGACAGCUUCUUGUACUAAGAACGUGGAAAGGGGCUUCUGUAGACCAAAAGCCAUGUCCUGAAAGCAAAACCUUAUUGCAUUUUGAUUACUCUGUAUGCAGAUCUUUAGUUCCAUUUCCCCUUCAUGGAAAAAUAGUGCGAGCUGGACUGUACAUAGUAACUCACGUGUUUCUGUAAAUAUUCAGAUUUAUUAUAGGAGACCCUCUAGUCUCUGGACACUAAAUCCAGAUGAAAUGGGUCUUUUUGCUGUUCUAGAGAAUUAGGUGCAAAUCUAGAUACACAAAUACGCAAGAUUUCUGAUUAAAUCAGGGACAGAAUUGUAAACCCCACUGCACCCUCCCAAAGCAUUCCUGACUGUCGUUGUUGCAUAAGUAGGUACGGGGCAUCUUGCCUUGUUAUAGUAUGCCCAGGUCCCUUCUCGUAUCUUUUUGGUGUCCUGCCAUUGUUGGGAGUAGCUAUUUCAGAUGAGCUGACUGUCUGUUAGCAAGGACAGACUUCCUACCCAAGGCCCAUGAGACGGAUAUUAAGUUGGAUUUACAAAACAUUUAAUUCUGGAAUCUCUUGAAUCAUACCAUAAUCCUUCCGGAGUUUUGUGAACUUGGAUUUAUUUGAAUAAAAGGAAACUUGGCUUUA